AUGACAACAGAAAUUGAUAUCACAUCAUCAAAUAUACAAAUUCCAGUUGGUAGGGAAAAACGACGAUUAUGUAUGAUAAUCAAAAUUAUUCUGAUCUUAUUAAUGAUUGCAGUAACUGUGAUUCCGUCAGUGAUUGUUUUAAUACUAAAAACAGGUACGACAACUGAAACUAUGAUGAAUAUGACUGUAUCAUUUAUAACGACAGUAUCAACUGACAUAACAACAAUUUCAAAAACGACAACGACAUCAGUGACAAAACCAAUUGUGUUGCAAAUCUUUCGACGAACAAACGAAGUCGUCUAUGCAAUAUGGAAUACAAUUGCAGGCGGUGAUAGUUCACCAUCUUCACCCGGCCAAAAUACAGGUACAUAUUGGCCUAGUGAACCACCUGAAGCUGCAUUAGAUGGUAAUUUAAGUUCAGAAUAUACCAAUCAUGGGAUUUGUAGUGGAUCUAGUCCAUUAUACGAUAUAUGCGGAAUAAAAACUGGUUUUUAUAUAACAUUCAAAAGUAAACCGUUCAUUCUCGUGCAGUUUCGUAUAGCUACAAACAAAGAUUCUCAACUUCGAGAUCCAAACACAAUUACAAUUGAAGGUAGUAACAAUAAAGAAUCGGAUUUAGUUUUUGGAAAAAGUUGGACUUUGAUUUAUGAUGAUGAUGCAGGUGUCAUGAGAAAUCCAAGAAGACAAGCGUAUGGUGGUAUACAAACAAUACUCAAUAAUUCUUUGUCGUUUGCAAGCUAUCGUAUUCUCAUUACUUCAAAAAGAGGAAAACAUAAUUGUGUUUCUUACUCAGAAUUUGAGAUGAUAGGACGAUUUCCCGAAUGA